UCCUGUGCCUUGACUCCUGCCUGUUUGACCACGUCUUGCCUUGCCCCUGCCUGUUUGUGUUUGCUAUUAAAAACCUCUGCAAAAGGAUCCAAACGCCUCCGCCUGCUCCUUACACCUACCAGGAAAGAGCGUGCCUUUUGCCUGUCGCCCUUCCACGCUGUGACUGCUUAACUGGUCAUACAGAAGUUUCAGCUGGAAAACAAGUGAUUCUGAUAGGAAUGAAUGGACAAUACAACUUGUCCCUUCCAACAGUCAGUUGUUCAUGUGGAAAAAUUCUGGAUGUUGGCAUUGGUGAUUUGGUGGACAGUGGAUACUGGCCGGCCACGGUAAAUUUUGAGACUGUGCACACCAUGGAUCUGUUCACUUCGUACGAAGAUCUUAAAAUUACUGCACCAGCAAUGUCACGGCAUGCUUUUAUUGGCAUGCUUGAACAGCGCACUAAAGUUUUUGGACGAAGUGGUAAAAUCUGCUGCGACACUAUACAGACAUCUUUUCUGGAAUGGUGCUAUGCAAAAUUUGAAGUGGAGAAGCUUUCCCAGGUGCAUCACUUUGAUUGCCCAGUAUGCACACCCUCCAUGUUGGCUGUGGCUGUGGAUGGGAACCGCAAGCUUUACUGCUUCAGAAGCCAACCAGGACCUGAUGGGUUUUUUGACGGAGUCUUUACGGCAAAAGAUGCUGAGGUGGCCUCCUUUGUGGACUACAUCCAUGAAUCGACACAACAUAAUCCCGGAAAGGGAAGAUGUGGCACAGCCGAGUGGCUUGCAGCACGAGAAACCUCUCACAAAUCUGCCAGCAAAGUAGAUGAGGAAGGUGUAGAGGUUGCUGUGUGCCGCCACGGGAUUUUGUUGAAGGCCCUCAAUAUGUUCCGUGGAGAAAUUUUUGCCUAUCCACUUUAUAUUCAAAAAGUACUAACCACAAAGAAUGUCGAGUUUUUCUGCUCUGAUGUGAUAUGCAAAUAUUGGCCGUAUUUGCAGAGGGUUGUGCGCCACUGCCCUGAAUUGCAGGACUUGUUGGCAAUGCGUCCCUUCCUAUCAAUUAGUUGCAAUGGGGUGGACGAAACCAGGACGGAGCAGGAGCGACCAUAGGGGAGGAGGUUGAGCAAGUGAACAGCUUCCUCUCCCGGGCAGCUAUCUGUUCUAAGUACAUGUCCAAAGCUGGUAAAUAUAUUAUAGAUUCAUUUAAAUUGUUUUUUUGUUUUUGCUGAGUUAAUAAUACAUUUUACUUGAAGUACGCACAGACAUGCUUACCAUCCAGGCCAUUGGAUGGAACAAGCGGAAGGUGGAAAAGCUGGACCUGACACUGGCCAAAAGAUAUAUCAAGGUAAAAACUUAAUAUUUGCUUGUCUAUGAUGCUCGGACUUCUUUCUCUUAUGAUUUUAUUGCUUUGUUUUUGACAGACUGUACAGAGGAUUUCUGAAGCUUCGGCAGAUCUUGGAAAGCUGACUCAAGAUCUAUCUACACAAGAAGAUAUGGUCCAGCAAUGGGUGUCUGAUGUCAAAGAGUGGGCUGCAGAACCAACUGGUCAUAAUGAUCUCAAAGACCAUUGAGGGACUCUAUCUAAGCAUAAAGCAAAGGAAAUACAACCUGUACCGCAAGGCUGAUGGCAACAAACGGCGACAUCAACUGCGAAAAAAGAUUGCGCCUGAAAAAAGAGCCCUAGAGGAUGCAAUCAGAAAAAGAAACGCUGAUUUGGAUGAAUCCGACAAAUUGCCAUCAGCUUAUGCACUUUUUUUCUGUUGAC